AUGGCCACCCAAAUUGCCCAUCCCUCUCUCCCUAUCGGCCAAGACGCUGGGUUCCAGAAAAACACUCAGCCAGCUUGGAAAGGAAAAGAAAAGGCCAAGGCUAAACAGCUACAUGCAACAGCAGAAGACGAUUCCGACGGGCAGAAUGGCCCUGGAUUGAGCAGCAGUAGCAACAAAAAGAAACUCAUCACCAAUGGAGAAGACGGCGGUGGCGAGAUUGAGGAAGUGCAGCGCAGUGACGAGGAACUUGAUACAGAGACGGAAGAAGAAGAUGAUGAUCCCUUCGCUUCCUCGGGAUCUUCUGAUUCCGAAGCUCCUCCCGAUGAAGAUGAAGCAACUGUUGCAGCUCGCAAACAGGCAAAGCGUGAUCGGAAGAAGACUGAGACGGAUGAACAACGAAAUGCGCGAAGACAGGCGACCAAGGCACGCCGGGACUUACAGGACGAGCGCCAAGUUGCGGAGACCGCCAAUGCAGGAAUAGUUGGCUACAUGGAAGCACGUAAGGAGAGAAAGCCACCAUCUGAACGUCCACAAGAAGUCGAAAAGAUAUGGCGCAGCCUGUAUCCCAUAUUGAAGACUUGGUGGAAGGAAGGCGGGAAGGAAAUACCCAAAUCACAUAUGCGUUCCAUCGACGCCGCGCAGUCCAAGAUUAAGAAGUACUGCGAAACGCUGAUCAAUACCCCUGAGCAAGUUGAAGCUACCCACCGUUACCACCGCGAGUGGCCGCUUGAAGAAAAGAAGAUUCGGUCUGCCAAUGCUGGAGUCUCAGAUGAGCAGCUUGAGCCUAUCUUGACGAAAGCAGAAAGGAAUUUUCGGCAAACAAUCGGCAUGAAGGACUAUAGCAAGGAUGGCGAGGACACUUUGGCCGAUCUUCAACAUAAAUACGGGUUUCCAUAUGAACUACUCCAUGGUCAGAUUCAUACUAUGGGUAAAGAACUCACAACUGUUAAAGAACUCACAAAGGACAAAUUCUUGAAGACUAAGAUAGAGGACCUCGAGGAAGCGUUACGAAACACGUCUUCUAGGAAGCAAGUGCAGAGACUCGAAAAGAAGUUAGCGACUACGAGAAAAUUAAGGGAAGAGAACGACAAGAAGACCACUGCAUUCCUCCGCGGAGUACUGUUGUUCAUGGAGAGCUUGUCUGAUCUAGGCAUUACCCCAACAUCAGUUAUAUCGAGCACAGCAAUGAGGGAAUUCAACCUCUUCCUCCAGUCCUCAGACCAACAUCAGGAGCUUUAUCAGAAGCUAUCUCAAGAGCUAGAAAAGCCGACUCUUGAGCAAGUGGAGUCAUGGGAACUAGUAGCUAACCCAGUAUAUGAACUCGUGGAGACCAUGCGCAAUCGGGAUGGCAUGAUUACAGACGAGCAGAUAAAGACUGCGAAGGGUCAGAUGAGGUUGGUCAAGACACAAAAUUAUAAGUUGCAGCUUGUGAACGAGAAUAGCGGAUUCGAUGCGGAUAUGAACUCGGUGCCUGUUUCCAUACUGAAUGAUAUGAUGGAUCAGUGGCAAGCUGGUAAUUCGGAUACCGUGGAUGCCAACCUGGAGAGGCUACUGGACCAACUCCGUACUAAAGAGCCUGCUAAGGAUGUUUUGAAGUCUUUAGAAACUCGUAUCGCUCCCGCCAAUUCUGCGCGUCUUGAAGCUACCGCCAAUCCUAAGCGCUUUGAAGCUAUUUUGCACCCUAAAACUCCCAUCGCUUCUGGUGUUCCUAAAGUACCAGAGAUGGCCGGAUCGGGUAACUCUACGCGCUCAGUAUCAACACCACCUAUCCCUAGCAGGGAUGUAAUGGAGAAAGACCUACUUGAUAUGGAUAUCGAUUCAAUGUCGCUAGAUAACGACCGUAUUAAGUCCUUUACAUACGAUAAUGGAGAGACUGAGUUUGGCACGCUGGUAGCAACUCGCGCUUCUCUAUCAGAAAAUCCACGCUUCCAUCGGUUCAUUGUCAACGCUGGCGUAGGAGAAGAGAAAUGGGAAUUCUUCCAGGUUAUUAGGGGAAGCGAUUUGGGCCCAGGAGGCGCUGAAAGCAUGCCCGAAGACAAAGAGAUAAAGUUUGAUUUGAGAGACAGGAAGAAAAACCUCAAAGCUCACCCUCUAUGUGAGGUCGGCCCUUGUGUAGUUAUGUCCCGUGCGGAGGGAUAUGUCUGCCGUGCUGGUACCAAGCCACGCCAACCGGACACAUACAUCAGAGUGACCUACACGGGGCUUGAUACUGCAGAUUGGUUGAGCAAGACUGAAUUUAUCCAGCUUGCUGGGAAAAGAUAUGCGGAGCGGAAGCUAGCUAGUUUGGUUCCAGCUUACUACCAAAGGGAGAAAUACUUUGCAGCCUGCAAAGCUCAGAAGCGGCAUCCCAAGACGAAGAUGCCUCUGACAGCCGAGGAUCUGGAGAAUUAUCCAUGGCUAUUCCCAGAAGAAGACAGACUUUCGUAUAGUUACGGGGAAGUCGACGAAGAGGAGGAGACAGCGAACAGCUCUCUCACUAGGAAUUUCGGAGAUAUUUCAACCUCUGAAGCAUUCAGCAAGGCUAGAAAGCCCUUGCCCGGUUACAAUACACAUAAGAAUGACUUGAAAGAGGAAACUGAUGAAGAUUUGUAG